UAAAAAAAAUAUAUAUAUUUUCCUCCUCGCAAAGUUACUUUAACUUCUUUUAUAAACCCCUUAUAACUCAGUGACGCGCCACAUUAUUUUGAAAUAAGAAAGUCCCAGACUAUUCUUGACGACUUUUCAGGUUCAUAAUGUUGAGUGUCAAAGAGGAAAUAAAUACCGGAGGCAACGAUAACAUUGUUGAAGCUUCAACUCCACCGCUUGACAAAGACUCUCCGUCCUUCAUGAGUAAUGACUCUUCUGUGCACACACCUAAUGAUGAACCAGCCAUCACUGAGUCCAUGAGAGAGGAAGAAGAAAAGCUUCAGACCGAAACUGAAAAAGAAAACCUUAAAGUGCUUAAAGAAAAGGCUGUUGCUGAUUAUGAUGCACUUGUAGAUAAACAACGCGUACAGCGUCUUAAGUUCCUCUUGGAAAAAUCAUCGCUUUAUGCACAAUUUCUUGCCAAUAAAAUGGAACGACAACAACAGGAACAACGUGAACGUGCUCAAGUUGAAGAAUCAAAACGCGCUAACGCCAAAGAAAAAGCGAAGGUAAAACAGGAAAAAAUUGCUGCUGGCCCGACGCGAAAGUCCACUAGGGUUAAUACAAAGAUCACCGCAGUUGCAUCAUCUUCAUCGACUACAAAGCAACCUGCGAAGAAGAAAGAUGGUAAUAAUAAAAAAAGAAAAGCAAAUGAUGCCGAUUAUAACAUUGCGGAUUAUGUAGAAACAAACGAACUUUCUAAACGUCGCAAGAAUUCAGAGUCAAAAUCAACUCUUGUAAAGGAUAUUAAGAAAGAACAAUUUGUUGAGGAAGAAGCUGCCUUAUCCAAUGCAAUUAAACAAGAUGAUGAUAUAAAGAAGCUCAUACCUGCCCGUCAACCAAGUUUAGUGACGGGCGGCAUUCUUCGUGAUUACCAACUAACUGGUGUUGAAUGGUUGGUUAGUUUGUAUGAUAAUGGAUUGAACGGUAUUUUAGCUGAUGAAAUGGGUUUAGGAAAGACUUUACAAACAAUUGCUUUCUUUGCGUAUCUAUGGGAACGUCAAAUUUAUGGUCCGUUUCUAAUUGUUGCACCACUUUCGACAUUAGCAAAUUGGGUCAGCGAAUUUCACAGAUUCACUCCUACAAUUCCUGUUGUAUUAUAUCAUGGAACUCCCGAACAACGGUCACACAUUAGAACUAGAAGACUUAAAAAGUUGGACCACACAUUCCCUGUUAUAGUUACAAGUUAUGAAAUUGUGAUGAAUGAUCGAAAAUACCUUCAGAAAUUUGCAUGGAAAUAUAUUGUAGUAGACGAAGGCCAUCGUAUUAAAAAUCUUAACUGCAAAUUGAUUCGGGAAUUGAAGAGUUAUCAGUCUGCAAAUCGUUUGCUUUUAACUGGAACACCAUUACAAAAUAAUUUGGCAGAGUUGUGGAGUCUUUUAAACUUUCUCUUGCCUGAUAUUUUUGAUGAUCUUGAUAGUUUUCAGGAUUGGUUUGAUUUCUCUAUGCUUCAUGAACAAGGCGGAGAAUCACGCAUCCUUGCCAAUGAGCAGUCAGAUGAAGUUAUCACAAACUUGCAUAAAAUUUUAAAGCCAUUUUUGUUGCGUCGUAUAAAGAGUGAUGUGGAAAAUUCUCUUCCUAAGAAGAAAGAAUAUCUUUUGUAUGCUCCUUUAACAAGACAACAAAAGGAAUGCUAUGAUGCUAUAGUGGCUCGAAACAUUCGUCCAUUCUUGUUAGCUAAGAAGAUAGGAGAAGUUGAAAGUGAAAUGGGAAAUAUGGAUAAUUAUGAUGAUAGUGAAUCAACAGUUCUCUCAUCUGAGGAAGAGGAAUCAAAUUCUGAUUCGAUUCAAGAUCGUAAAAAAAACCUUCGCAAGGGAACGCGUAAAUUUUAUGAAGAACUCUCAGAUGAGGAAUUUUUUGAGUCUCUAGAAAAAGAGGAACCAGCACUUAUAAUUGAUGAAGCAGAAGCAGCGAAAAAGGCUGCUAAUGCUGCAAAGGAAUUUAAGACUAUGAAAGUUGUUAAAACCAUUAAUGGAAUGAAACUACAAAAUGUUGUUAUGCAGUUACGUAAAAUUUGCAAUCACCCAUAUCUUUUUGACUGGCCUAUUGAUCCAGAAGUACCAGAUCAACAUUUAAUUUCUGAAGAAUUGAUAGCCAGCGCUGGAAAAAUGAUGCUUUUGGAAAAGUUGCUUCAAGCGUUAUUUGAACGCGAUCAUAAAGUAUUAAUAUUUUCUCAAUUUACAACAAUGCUUGAUAUCAUCGAAGAGUGGGCGACUACUUUCAAAGGAUGGAAUAUUUGUAGAAUUGAUGGCUGUGUAAGCCAAGACAAUAGACGCCAGCAGAUUCAAGAUUUUAAUACAAAUCCAGAAAUUAAAUUAUUCAUUUUGUCAACACGAGCUGGUGGAUUGGGUAUUAACUUGACUGCAGCGGAUACAGUUAUUAUAUACGAUAGUGAUUGGAAUCCUCAAAUGGAUUUACAAGCUCAAGAUCGUGUUCAUCGUAUCGGUCAAACAAAACCAGUUAUAAUUUAUCGACUUGUUACAGCAAAUACAGUUGAAAAUAAUAUUAUAGAAAGAGCUACCGCAAAGAGGAAAUUAGAGAAACUUGUUAUCCAUAAAGGAAAAUUCAAGCUCCCCACUUCAAGAGAGGUUGUGGUUGCUAGUUUAACGGAAUUAGCAGAAAUUCUUGCAACAGAAGAUAAUGAAAAAGUGCAAUUAGCUGAGCAUGGUGAUGAAAUAAUUCCGGAAGCAGAUUUAAUUCGACUUAUGGAUCGUAGUGAAGAAGCAUUUGCAAAGGUUGGAACAUCUGAAGUUGAAGAAGAAAGAGGAGAAAUCUAUAAGGUUAUUUCAGAAGUAAGAGAUGAAAAUAAUGAUGCGUUGGCAAAAAUGAGUAAGAAGGAUGGGGAAAUUAAAUAAAAUUUGAGAAUUGAUAAACUCGUAGGUUUUUAUUUUAAUGGACAGAUACAAUAAUUUUAAUAGUAAUAAAAUGUAAUUAAUCUCUUCGCUAAUAAACAAAAAUAAUAUUACAAAUGUUGAGAAAACUGUAAAGCAAAAUCUCAUCUAUUGAACUAAAAUUCCAUUUCACCCAACUUGUUUCUCUUUAAUCUAUGUCCUUUGUAAAUGCAUUGAUUUAGAUGAGUGUUAAGCCAAACCAAAGUAUCU